AUGGCAAAUGCGCGACGACGAAGAUUCGGUGCUACGAAGCCUCCAGAGGUGGUGUUCGUUAGCACCUUUGCGAUAGUGCUGUUGUUUGCGCUUUACAGUUUUGGGAGGACUUAUUCAGAGGGUGUGAUAACGACACAGAGCUCACGAGUUUUGAGAGCUCUGGAAGAACCCGAUUUAGCGUGUCGCCUUGUCCACAGAGUCCAAGAUGUGGCCGAUCAAUGCGCCUUCAUUCGAAAGAACUGCCCCGACGAAGAAGCCGGACUGAUCUCGUAUCUACAGCUAUACUAUUGCAGCCUAUCGAAAGCGAAACCAGUUGCAUUUGCGAUCUUAGUGAUAUGGAUCAGUCUUCUCUUCAGCACAAUCGGUUUGGCCGCGUCCGACUUCCUAUGCGUGAACCUGAGCACGAUCGCGGCGGUAUUGGGUAUGAGCGAGAGUCUGACAGGAGUGACAUUCCUCGCUUUUGGGAAUGGUAGCCCUGAUGUGUUCUCCACGUUCGCAGCAAUGAAAAGCCACAGUGGAAGUCUGGCUGUGGGUGAAUUGAUGGGCGCUGCCGGCUUCAUUACAGCUGUGGUUACAGGGAGCAUGGCCAUUAUCAGACCCUUCAGAGUUGGGCGAAAGAGCUUCGUACGUGACGUGGGCUUUUUCGCUGUUGCGGCUAGUUUCAGCUUGAUCUUCCUCAGAGACGGAAGUCUACGUCUCUGGGAAUGCAUCUGUAUGGUGGGAUUCUACGUCUUCUAUGUCGUGUUCGUGGUGGGUUGGCAUUGGUGGCAGAAGAGACAAUCAAGAAUACGUUUAGCAGAGCUAGAAGCUAGACUACAACACAACGUUCCAGGCCAUGAAGAGUUGGAAGUCCCAGACAUCGAGAUUGACGAAGAAUCGAGACCAGCCGGAGAAAGGAGCCCACUGUUGAGGAAUGCUUCUGCAGGCAGCAUACCCACACUCAUGACACCAGGCACUCCGGCUUGGAAAUAUCACGACAACGACGACGAGGACGAAACGAGGGACCGGUAUCUGGCGGAGUUGCAAAGUAACAUGCGAGUUAGUCGUCCCGGGCGAGACCGUCGAAACACCAUCACACCUAUACGACCCAGCUUGAUCGGAGCUAUCGAGUUUCGUUCCGUCCUCAAUGCGCUGGAGAAGAGAUCCACAAGCAGUCAGUCAAUUGGCCUUCGACGCUAUUCAGAUGAUGGCUCUAGUGAACCUGUGCAUAUCUCUAGCUUGUCAUAUCCACAACUGGCCGUCACUUCUGCAGACGAAGGUCUAUCGAGUACCCCUCAAGGACGCAAUAGAGCUGUUUCUGCAGGGGAUGCAGAAGGACUCCAUAUCGACCCCGAUCUACUGGAUCCUUCCCGAGGUACGCCUGAUACAGCGAUCUACAGUCCUGGAGGACGAGAGUCAAGCACAAGCAGCCACAAACAAACACAAUCCGCGGAUCUCAAAACCAACCAUCUGUCCCCAACAUAUACGUCCCAGGUCUUGCUCUCCCCCGCAAUAACUAUAUCAAGUGACACAUCAAGUCCGCGGCAUAGUUAUACGGAGCACAAAGGCAUGCUUGCACCUCCGUCAGCUGGUUCAGGGACGUUCCACAGCCUUGAUUAUUUUGAAGCCGGACAAUCUCAUCAGGCUUCACCUCUACUGAGUCCAAACAUCGACGUCCCGAAAUUACACCUGCCUGAUCCUGGUCAUAUUCAUCGCAAGUCUCCACUGAGCCAUCAGAUAUCCAAUGGAACUAGUCCGAACUCUUCUCGACCACCUAGUAUCCGUCUUCCUCCGCCAAGUAUGUCUCCUGAGUCAGGUGCAGGCACAAUUACCUUGCUGGACGAUGGUCAUGAAAGACAACAAGAAUUGCGAAGAUACAACUGGUGGCCGUAUCAGUAUCUGCCUGCACCCCAAGUGAUCCUGGCGACGUUCUUCCCUCAACUAUAUCAGUGGCGAGAUAUUGGCAUUAUUGGCAGAAUGAUUGCGCUUGGUACUGCGCCUAUGGUAUUUCUGUUAACAGUGACAUUGCCCGUUGUUGAGCCUGCCGAACAAGAAGAAGCACCAGAGGCGGCAUACACCACCAACACCACGCCUGCAAGAUCGAGAUCGCAAACACUGAUGAAUGGAGAUAGCAUUCCUCCAACGCUUGGUUCUCCAAACGGCGGGCCUGGGGCUCAUCCCCACGGGCCAAUGAUCUCUAGACACAACACAGAUGCCACGAAAGGAGCCGACAUGCACGAAGUCGCGGAACAGGGCGUCACAAAUCAGCGAGAGUGGAACAGGUGGCUUGUUGUCGUUCAACUAUUCACUGCGCCUCUCUUCGUGGUGUUGAUCGUCUUCGCAAAUCUCGAUGAAACGCACAACCUGAAGGAGUUGCUGGUUCUAAUUCUCGGCAGCCUUGUUUUCUCACUACUUUGCCUCCUGCUCCUCUUAAGCACGACCUCCGCCACCAGGGAACCGAAAUAUCGCUACAUCUUAUGCUUUUUGGGAUUCUUCGUUGCAAUAGCAUGGAUAUCUACUAUCGCAGGCGAGGUUGUAGGUGUGCUCAAAGCUAUCGGGGUCAUCCUUGAUAUGUCUGAUGCUAUACUUGGUUUGACAAUCUUCGCCGUCGGCAAUUCUUUAGGAGAUCUUGUGGCAGACGUCACGAUUGCACGACUAGGUUAUCCGAUGAUGGCGCUUUCUGCCUGCUUUGGUGGUCCAAUGCUUAACAUCCUUCUUGGAAUCGGCUUAGGUGGCAUGUACAUGACCAUCCACCAUGGGCAGCACAAACAUCACAAGCAUUCCAACAAGCCAAUCCAAUACACACCUUACGAGCUGGAGGUCAGUACUACCUUGAUGUUCAGUGGCAUAAGUCUUCUAGUGGUGCUUUGCGGCCUACUGAUCUUCGUGCCGUUGAACGGCUGGCGCAUGGACAGGAAGAUUGGAAUAGGCUUGAUUGUUGUCUGGGCACUGUCAACCACAGGAAACGUGGUUUGUGAGGUUCUUGGCGUUGGUCAGGAAGAGCUCUGA